CCAAACAGCUGGCUUGAGUUUGGAGUGCAUUUUCGGCGUUUAAUUAUAAAAUAUAAAUAAGAAUCCUAAUUUUAAUUUAUUAAAUACAGAUGGCAAUUAUUUUUUAGUAGCAAGUUCUACGCAUCACAAUGGAUUCCUCUUCUUGCUGUUUACUCUGCAUGUGCGAGUAUCAGGCGAUGAUGGGCGACUACAUAGAUGUGCAUUCCGCCAGGGGAUCGCAACUGGAAAUAGCCCGUAUUGUGGGUCAGCACUUCCCGGUACAGAUAUGCCUGGAAAAUAACGACAGGAUCUGCGGUCGCUGUUGGAAAACUGUGUCAGACUUUCAUGCACUCCACGAAUUCGUCAGCGCUGCUCAAAACUCAUUGCAGGAAACAAAAGUGUUGCUAAUGGAGGAUGAUCCUUUAACCCAGGCUGCCCCCGUCUAUACGGACGUUCCAAAACUGGCAAUCGACCAGGUAGAACAGGUGCAGGCACCGUCCGAAGUCGCUGGGCGUAACUUCUUCUAUCCGGAAGUCAAGAUUGAGGAGCACGAACUGGACCAUUUACCUAGGAUAGAGAUUCUUGAGGGCGCAAGCAGCACACAAGCUAACCAAGAUCAGUUGGAUGUAACCACCCGACGGCUAAGAAAACGCGUAAAAGCAGAGGAAGGAUCAUUAACAGAGCCAGGAAAUUAUGAAGAGCCUCUAGAAAGCUUGGAUCUGGAGCCCUCGCCGCCCAAGAAAAAGCGAGGACGUCCCCGUAAGGCAGACACCGCCAGUGCUACGCUGACAUCCACUGCCGUGAUUGCCGUUCCGGAGACACCAAAAGACGACAUUGAAGUAACUCUGAAAUCGGAAGAGAUGGAAGAAUUUAUAGACGAUGACCCGGAAUUCUCCUACAAUUUGGACGAUGGCCUGGCGCCAAGCGAUAAUUCCUCUGAUGACAACUUUGGGAGCAAUGAUUUUGAUACAGAUUCGGACUUUGAGCUGGAGGGCCAUGCCAAACAGGAAUUUGCGGUGCUUCCCAAGCGAACUGUGGUGCGGCCCAAGAAGUACAAGAAGCGCACGAAACCGGCGGAGCCCAAGGUGCGCAUGUCCCGUGAACUGUUGGAGCAGCGCAAGAAGCACCAGGAGGAAUACGACAGCAUUAUUGCCAAGUUCUUUACCGAUGUACUUCCAUGCUCGAUUUGCAACUUGCUGGUACACAACUUCACUGAGAUGCAGCGCCAUCACCGACUGUCACAUCAGGUGGACCCUGGAUACAUGAUGUGCUGUGGCCGAAAGUUCACGCAGCGUAAAGUGUUGGCCGAGCAUGUCCUGGUCCACUGGAAUCCAGACCAUUUCAAGUGCUCCGUGUGCGAAAAGUCUUUCCAGAACUCGCGGCACCUAGAGUCGCACCAGCAAGUGCACAUGGAUCCAGCCAUUAAGUUGACCUUCAGUUGCGACAUUUGUGCGAAAACCUUCCUCAGCAAAACGGCCAUCGACUACCACAAGCUAAACAAGCAUGUGCCCAAGUCGGAGUUCAAAUUCUCCUGUUCGGAGUGCAGUAAAAAAUUCCUCACGGAGCGUAAGCUGAAGAACCACAUGAGUUCGAUGCACGAUCCGGAGAGCACUAUCAUCUGCGACAAGUGUGGAAAACAGAUGCGCACCAAGAUCAUUUUGAAGAAGCACCAGGAACUGAUGCACUCUGACAAACCGCGCCCGGAACCAGAACUGAAACAGUGCCAGAUCUGCGGGGCUUGGCUGAAGGGAAUGACAGGACUCAAGCAGCACAUGAAAAGCAUUCACGUGGAAAGCGCCGGCGAGCAUCGCUGCCACAUUUGCAGCAAGGUUUCGCCGAAUGCGCGGGCACUGAGGCGUCACAUUUACCACAACCAUGAGUGCGAACGAAAGUUCAAGUGCACCAUGUGUGAGAAGGCCUUUAAGCGGCCGCAGGAACUGAAGGAACACACGUCCACACACACCGGCGAGGUGCUGUACACCUGCCCCAACUGUCCGAUGACCUUCUUUUGUAGCGCCAACAUGUACAAGCAUCGCCAGCGGCUGCAUCGCGCACAAUACGAGGCGGACAAGAAUCAACCGAAGCCGCCAAACAUUCUGAAGAUCUCGCGCAUCGCUUCAUCGCAGAACAAGCCGAAACAGGACAUUUAGCGCCUAAAAGGACCCGAUAAAGACCACCAAGCAUGUUCCGGCUUACAUUUGCAUCAAUUUGAAUGUUGAACCAUUAGUUCGUAGAUGGUUUUCCGCUUAAAAUAGGUACAUACAUACAGCAUUUAUACCGACCAACAAUUUACAUUGAUCGAGCCCUAAAUUAUCAACCAGAGCAUGUUUGAAAACAUUACUUUAAGCAGCAAGUAUUGGAUAAAUAAAUUGUAAAACUGGACACCAAUCCGAUAAAAUUAAUUGACAACAAAACAAAGUUGGGAAUGUCUUUCUUUCUUUAUAAUUAUUUACAAGGAUGGCUUAAUUGCACCUUAUAUAACGCAAUGACAUUUACAUUGUUUCUUUAGUUUCAUUUCAUUUUACACAUAUUAUGCAUAACUUUAAAAUAUUUAUAUAUAUGUAUGUAGAUGUAGAUACU